GUAUAUUUAAGGCGCAAAGCUCGUUUUUCUAGGUCGCGAUACGGUUGUUCCCAAAAUGAAGUUCUUCGCUACGAAAGCUCCAAAUGAGGAAGUCUCACUGACCAAUAGGGUGUUUUUUAACCCGAAGGAUUUUAAUGAAAAGCUUGGUUGCGUAGCCAUACACACUGCGGCUGAUAAAUAUGUAUUUCGUGCGGGUUCACACGAUCAUGUCCCUCAAGGAAAGGUUGCGUUUGGUUUGGCUCAGCGUAAAUGGGGCAAUAUUUCAGUAGAUGAACCGUUAGAUGUUCAACCAUACACAUUUAAUUUGGCUCGUGAAUGUCUAGGUUCUGCAGUUUUGGCUGUGGAUUUUAAUAAUAAAAAAAUGUCGAUCAAUGAGCCGUUAGAUUCAGAUCGAAUGGCUUUAGAAUUCAGCAUGCAAUUUACAGAUACACCAUUGACCGUCGGUCAGCAUAUCCUUUAUCGGUUUAACAAAAUGACAUUCCUUGUUGAGGUUAAGAAAUUGUCAGCUUUGUCAAUGGAUGGUGGUGUUGACAAUACUAAAAUUGGCAUGUUAACUGGGAAUACAGUAAUUCGUUGGAUGCCUCAAUCAGAUUCUAAAUUAUUAUUAAUCGGUAAAGCUGCAUUGGAUGACGAUGGAGCUAGUUCUAUUGGAGGGGGUGGUGGCUAUCAUAGUAUCAUCAAUCCAAAUUGGGAUUUUAAUCAAAUGGGUAUUGGUGGAUUGGAUAAAGAAUUUUCAGCUAUAUUCCGACGAACAUUUGCAUCACGAAUGUUUCCUCCGGCAGUUGCAAAACAAUUAGGUUUAAAACAUGUCCGUGGUAUUCUGCUAUACGGUCCACCUGGUACUGGUAAAACACUAAUGGCACGACAAAUUGGUAAAAUGCUUAAUGCACGUGAACCUAAAAUUGUCAAUGGUCCAAGUAUAUUAGAUAAAUAUGUCGGUGAAUCUGAAGCGAAUAUCCGUAAAUUAUUCGCUGAUGCUGAAGAAGAAGAAAAACGCAUGGGUGCAAAAUCUGCAUUGCAUAUUAUUAUAUUUGAUGAAAUUGAUGCCAUUUGUAAAUCACGUGGAUCUACAGGUGGAGGUGCUGGUGUACAUGACACUGUAGUCAACCAACUACUAACUAACAUGGAUGGAGUGAAUCAGUUAAAUAAUAUACUUGUCAUUGGAAUGACUAAUCGACGAGAUAUGAUUGAUGAAGCACUUUUAAGACCUGGACGUUUUGAAAUGCAAAUGGAAAUCUCUUUACCAGAUGAAGAUGGUCGACUUCAAAUCUUAAAUAUACAUACAUCGAAAAUGCAACAGGCCGGUAAAUUGGCACGUGAUGUUGAUUUAAAAGAAUUAGCGGCUAAAACAAAAAAUUUCAGUGGUGCUGAAAUUGAAGGCUUAUGCCGUGCUGCAGCAUUCACCUCAAUGUAUCAAUUAAUAAGUCCAUCCGGGAAAACUCAAUUGGAUCCUGAUGCAUUUGACCGAUUGUUAGUAAAACGUUCUGAUUUUCUAUACGCAUUGGAACAUGAUGUUAAACCGGCUUUUGGUGCUUCUGAAGAAGAACUCAGCUGUUAUGCUCCUCGUGGUAUUAUGAUGUGGGGCGAGUCUGUAUCACAUGCAUUAGAUAUGGGUCGAUUAGCUGUGUCUGCAGUAAAAGAACCAGAUGUUGAAACGUACAGACCCUUAACUUUGUUAUUAGAAGGUCCACCGAAAGCUGGUAAAACAGCGCUAGCUGUUGAGAUUGCACGAUUAUCUGGAUUCCCAUUCGUCAAAAUUGUUACGUCACAUAAAAUGAUUGGAUUCACUGAAAUGGCUAAAUGCGCUGCAAUGAAAAAGAUUUUUGACGAUGGUGCUAAAUCACCGCUAAGUGUUGUGAUUGUUGAUAAUAUUGAAGGUUUAAUUGAAUACAACCCAGUUGGACCAAGAUUUUCCAAUUUCAUUGUUCAAGCAAUUCGUGAUUUGGUUUCUCAACCAUUGAAAGCGGGUCGUCAUAUGCUAGUAUUGGCUACAACUAGUUGCCGUGAAGCGUUAACAGAUCAAAAUCUUACUCAAGCUUUUUCAUGGCACGUCCAUGUUGCUAUGCUAUCAAGACCUGAGCAUGUAAUUGCUGCGUUAGAAGAAGAUGGACGUUUUACAUCGAAAGAACAACAGAUUAUUGAAAAAUCUUUAUCGGGUCGUCGUUUAUGUAUUGGAAUCAAGCAUUUGCUUGAUUUGAUUGAUCUCGUUUCGAAGAAUGAUCCAGAUCAUCGUGUUGCUGCAUUUCUUGCUAAAUUAGAAGAAGUUGGCAUUGUUGAUGUAUAAAAAUGAAUGAAUAAUAUUUAUUACAGUUUGUUACUAUCUCUAUAUGUUUACAGAUAUUUAUGAUCAAAAUGGUUGUGUUAUGCCAAAACAAAAAGAGUCCUAAUUCCAUGAUAUAUAUGUAUAUUCUAUUGAUGAAUUUAUUUAUUUAUUUUAAUCUAUAUAAUCGUUCCGUGAAUAUUUAUAUUUUCCUCAAACUAUGGUUGUUAUAUAAUCAACUUGAUUCUUUCAAUUCCUUUUUCCUUAUCUGUUUUUUUUUCUUCUGAUAAAUUUAUUUUGUCAUUAUUUCACAGUUCAUAUUAUACAUGAAAUUUACUUCGUUACUCUUAUUCUCUUAGAGAUAUUGUGUAACCAUCAUUCAUAAUACCAUUGUCUCUCACUAUGCAUAUUACAAUAAACGUUCAUUUACUUCUCAUUCAUUCCCUUCAACAUAAGCAAAAUCACAAUGAGCCAAUAUGGGACAAACAUAUCGUGAUAUAAUAAAAACUUAUUUAUUUAUUCAUUCUCAUUUAAAUUUGUAUCUUCAUAGAAUGAAAAUAUAUCUGUUGAAGAGAUAA